CGGUCGUGUGAGAAGGCAAAACACAGCGGACAGGCUGCCGUCUCCCCUCGGCGUCAUCGAUGGACGGUGAAAUGAUAGAUUCGGACAGACGGAUGUCUUCCCCAAACUGGAGCCUGACUAACUCAAGCUGCAGCAGUCCUGAUCCCAAUGAAAGCCCUACAAAGCCCAUCUGGAACCCUACACAACCAAGUUAUACCAAUCCUGGCCUAAAGUUGGACCCUGCAGAGCCAAGUUCUGACCUCAACUGGAAUCCUACACAAUCAAGUUAUACCAGCUCUGAUCCCAAAUGGAAACUUACACAGCCAAGUUCUGACCUCAGCUGGAACCCUACUGAGUCAAGUUAUCCUAGUCUUGACCUCAAAUGGAGCCCUACACAGCUCAGUUUUACCAGUCUUGACCCCAAGCUGAACCCCACUGAGCAAAAUUCUGACCUCAGAUGGAAUCAUACACAACCAAGUUACCCUAGCCCUGACCCCAAGUGGAACCCUACACAGAUGAAUCAUACCAAUAUUGGUCCUAAGCUGAACCCUACUGAACAAAAUUCUGACCCUAACUGGAACCCUGCUCAAGUAAGCUGUCCUAACCCUGACCCCAGGCUGAACAUAACUCAACCAAGUUAUACGAAUCCUAACCGGAGCUGGACCACAACCAACACGAGCUGGGCCUCUCCACCAGAUCCUUUGCAGGUCACCCACGUGAACCAAACCUAUGACUUAAUCCAUUCUGUCCCUAUCAGCAAUGUAUCCUCGCCCACCUCCAAGGAAUGGCUACAGAACCAUGGCAUUAAAGCUUUGCAUAUGACUUUCAAAGACUUUGUUGACAAAGGCAAAUUAGUCGGACCCCAGGCCGACCCAUCCACGGGACAAGCUUCACACUAUGUGGCGUUCAACCCUCUGGACAUCGUGACCUUUCAAGAGAAACUCAACCUGGCCAUGAAGAGUUACCAGCAACGAAUCAACUGGCUCCUCCAAGGAAGCAGAAAGGUGUUUGGGGUGUCAACAGUGAGGAGUGUAGCUGUGGCUGUUGACUGUUCCGGUCACAACACUGGUUAUGGUCGACUGGAAACUCUGCAACAGUUUCUUCUGCAAUUGAUAGACGAGCAGCUCUGCAAGAAAUCUUCUUUCUACCUGACAUCGUUUGGCUCAGGAACGCAACCUCUUUGGUCAACAAGUCAGCAAGUUAAUCCGAAAACGAUCAAUGGUGCCAGGCAGUGGGUGCAGCAACUGCAGCAGCAGGAUGGCUGCAACGUGUUGCAGGUGUUGAAGGACAUUGCACAACUGAAGAACCUGGAUUCUGUCAUUCUGAUUCUGGGAUCCGUGCCUGACCAGAAACCUGAUAUUUUGGCAGAGUUUAUAGAACAGAUGUUUGUCGGAAGGGGCACCACUAUCGAUGGAGUCUCCUAUGAUUGUAGCAAUUACCUCACUAACAUGUGUCUCAGAAAACUGUCCGAAAUGACCGGGGGUCGAUUCCAUUGUUACUCCUCAUGCUGUGAGGACCUGAUUUACUCUGGGACGGACAUCAGUUUAUUGGUUAACGAGAUACACAAAGUGAAAGAUAUAAUUAACAAGAUCGAAGCCAGCAAGCAAGGCAUGAUGGGAAAAGCUAUGGUCAACAUCCACGACGAGGUGGCUGCCGAAAUACAGAAGCUGCCCCAGUCCAUGCUGUUGCCCCAGCCUGCGGGUCACAACUCCCCACUGAAUAUCGAUCAUCCGAAAUUUCCUCGUCUAUCUUCAGUGGAAUGGUUGAAGAAGCACGGCUUAAAAGCCAAGAAGUUAAGCCUUUACCAUUUUCUCACGCCAAACGCCUUUAAUUAUCAGAAACACUUCAUUCCAGUCAUUGGAAAAAUGGUACAAUCUCAGGUUCAUGAAAAAGCAAUGGUGCAAUUCCAGUGGCACGAUGGUUCGGUGAAGAACGUCCACGUUGAUAUGGCACAAAUAUUUGAGUACCAGAAGCAACUCGGUGCCGCAGUGAGUUUAUACGAACAGAGAGUGGAAUGGUUGUCCACAGGAAGUCGGAAGAUUUUUGGAACAAUUUCAGGUCAAAGGGUCAUCAUUCUCUUGGACCUGUCUCUCUACAACAUCAAUUAUCUCAUCCAUAUUCAACAUUCUAUGAGAUUGUUGUUGGAGCAACAAUUACACGAUAAGGAAUAUUUCAACAUCAUCAGCUUUGGCCACACCUCAAGAAGAUGGAGUGAAACAAUGAAGAAACCGACCGAAGAGAAUUUACAGUCAGCCUGGAGGUGGAUUCUGGCAUCGAAGUGUGAAGGCAGACGGAACUUCCUCUCCGCAUUCCGAAUGGCUGUGGAAAACCAUGUGGAAAUAAACAAUGGAAUCGGCCCUGAUGGCAUUUACCUGUUCAGCAGUGGGGUUCCUGACCAACCUGAGGACAUCUGCCUAUCUUACAUCAUGGAGAGUUGUAUCGGACGUGGAAUACAGUUCCACGCCUCUCUAUUCCAUGCCCACCACUCCGGAGACAGCGACAGCACUCCUACCAGAUAUCACACUGCCUCGAAAACAGCAGAAUGCUUAAGGAAUUUGGCUCAUUGCAUGCAGGGACGAUUCCAUUGGUUUGGAGAGACUGGAAUCACCGAAAGUGAUGACAUUAGCUACAUUAUGAAGGAAAUUGAGAAAGCGUUGCUCUACUCCAAGAAAUUCACAACUUACUCAAGCUGUGAAGAAAAAAUAUCAACUAAAAAAGGUUAUCACAGACCCCAAAGUUUUACCAAUUUGUCCAUCUCGCAUCCAAGGAGACCAACAUCCUGCAUACCAGCUUUGAUGAACAAGGAGAAAAAUGUUACCAAUGAAAGACCAACAACAAGUGGUAGAGUAACAACUGCUGGAAGACCACUGUCCAGUGGGAGGCCACUGUCCAGUGGGAGACCACUAUCCUGUGGGAGGCCAACAUCCAGUGUAAAACAUCCAGCGUCUGUUGGUAAUAAAGUAAACCAUUUACCAGUUUCUGCUGCAGGUUCUGUUUCCAAGAGUUUUCCAAAAGCCAAAACUAAAGAGGCGAAGAAAGCAUUCUCAGCGGAAUCUUUGGUAGGAAUCGAAGACUAUGUCAGUACAAAACAGUGGUUACGUCGAUACAGUUUGUCGAAACAAAAGCUGAAUCUAAGCAAACUUCUCUCGACACCGGCCUGUAAACAUGACGAAACGAACGUGAAAGUUCUUCACAGACAAGUCUCAGCAAAAUAUUGCAACAUCUUCCCCAGUAUCAAUGUCAAUGGCACUCUCAGACAUCUUCAGCUCAUGCCGCAUGAACUUAAAGAAUACAUUAAAAGACUGGAAUGUGUCCUCAAACAUUACCUUCAUAGAAUGCAAUGGUUGCUCAGUGGCAGUCGACGUGUCUUCGGAACGGUCAUUCACAAACAGUCAACGGUUCUCAUUGAUACGUCUGGCUCAAUGAAUCGCUACUUGGACGAACUGAAGAAAGAACUGACCAGUCUUGUCUGGGAACAGCUGUAUAAGAAUAAGGCACCUUUUAACUUCAUAAGUUUCUCCGGCGUCUGUAAAUCCUGGCAACCAAGUAUUCAGCCGGCCACCAAGGAGAAUUGUCAAUCUGCCAUUGAAUGGUUUUCGAAACUGGAAGCAGCUGGAAGCACUUGUACAUUGGAAGCGCUGCAGAUGGCCUUCUCUGAUAACAAGACCAAAGCCAUAUAUUUACUCACAGAUGGUAAACCAGACUCGAGCAGGUCUUUGGUUCUGCAACAAGUGAAAUCCUUGAAUGAAGAACGGAAAAUCCCGGUGAACACAAUUUCUUUCAAUUGUUCCGACAGUGGUGCCAAUGACUUCCUGAAGCAAUUAUCUCAACUCACUGCCGGUCGCUACCACAAGUCAGAGACGAGCUUCGAUGUCAACCUCUUCCUUCAUAAACUCCUCAACAAAGGUUUCCAAGACAACAGCCAUCCUCAGCUGCCUAACUUUGAGAGUGAUGAUCUUAAGAAACUCAGCAAAGAAAUUGAAUUUGCUCGAACUUACCUGUCACAGUGUAUGACAUACAGAGACAUCUACAGUAACUUUCAGAACACCAAACUGAAAUCAACAGCCAUGUCAUAUUUCGCUCUCACAUCAAGUCAGGACAACCUUGAAUCUGAAACAAAAGAUACCAACACUCUCAACAAAACCCCAUCGGGUCCAGCUGUUCGUUGUGCGGCCACACCUGGUCAAGUCAUUUGCAAUCAAGAAAGACAGCCUGACACACUUGACAAAGUCACCCCAAGUCCAGUUGGGUCCAAUCAAGCCAUCCCCAGUCAAGAAAUACGUACAGACUCAUUGAAGAAAGCUACACCAGGUCCACCUAUUCUGAGUGUUACCACACCAGGUCAAGCUGUCCUUAAACCAGUAAUACCUACUCCACUCACACACAACGAAGUCACUCUUGGUCCAGUUGUUCUUGGGGUGACCACUCCAGAUCAAGCCAUUCUCAGUCCAGAAAUACACCAUCUAGACACACUAAAACCCACUUCAGUUCCAGCUAUUCCCAGUUUAGCAACACCAGAUGAUUCCGUCCUUAAUUCGGUAACCCUUAAUCCAGUCACACUAAAUAAAGCCACAUCAAAUUCAGCUAUCCUGAGUGUAACCACACAAGUCAAGCCAUUCUUAAUCUAGUAAUACCGAGUUCGGUCUCACUCAACAAAAUGAAAGCAGGUGUAGUUACUUUCAAUCCAGUUCUAACAGAUCCAGUUACACUCAGAGAAGCUAAGCCACACUCAAAGGGUGACAGAUACCAAGAGAACAGGGGAAGUCUCAGAGAUUAUAUUUCUGGACCAAAAACAAAUGUGGGCAAAUAUUCCAAGCUAGAGUUGUGAGCUGAUGUAUCCUCAACGGGAUGGUCAUUUGGUGGAUGUUGCGAAGUGAUAUGAACUCAAUGUGGUGGUCAGUCAGUGGAAAGUCAUGAGAUUAUGCAUUGUCAAUGUGGUGGCUACUUGAUGAAUAGACAUGAGGUGAUGAAUCCUCAAUGUGGUGGUCGGUUAGUGAAGGGUUGUGAGUUGAAGUGUCCCUACUGUGAUGGCCUGUUGGUGGUGGUGGGGGAGGUGGAUAAAGAUCCACUGAAGUUUCCUCGAUGUGGUGGUCAGGAAUGUCGCUGUUUCUAACAACUUUAAAUACUCUUUUACUCUUUUACUGGUUUCAGUCAUUUGACUGUGGCCAUGCUGGAGCACCGCCUUUAGUCAAGCAAAUCUACCCCAGGACUUAUUCCUUGUAAGCCUAGUGCUUAUUCUAGUAC